UUUUCGCUGGAAGCGAAAGCGUUCACUUUUUUGUGUAAAAGCGAUUUUCGUCAAAGUAAUACUUCAUAUUUAUUGUUGAAUUUUUUUUAUUGAACUUAUUUGAAAAUAACAAUUAUAAGCAAUUAUUUUUGUAAACUAUAUCUGUGGGCUUCAUUUUCGGUCAAAACCAAUCCGAACAAAUUUGAUUAUUGUAUUCCAGCUGUGUCAUUUGGUAUAUCAGGGCGAAAGUGUCCGUGUAUUUUUUUUCGUACAGAACAAUGAUAACUGUUGACAAGAUUAAAGAAAAAUAUCCAAUCCAUUGGUUUGUCUGGAACAACGAAUUUAAUGAGCUGCAGCAUGCAAUCGAUGCUAACGAGCACGAUCUGGAUUUAUUGGAUCCCCGGGGACGUACACCACUCAUGUUAGCCGUUAAAUUGUGCCAUCUUGAAUGUGUGAAAGCUUUGCUGGCUGCCAGGUGCGAUGCCAAUUUCGAGUGCGAUGGAUGGUCUGUGGUCCAGGAAGCAGUCUGUUCCGGCGACGUCAAUAUUCUGACGGCAAUCCUAGAAGUACGUGACCUGCAACGUCAUAUGAAACGGGUGUCACAUGUUCCUCAGCUAUUGCAACACCUGCAAGAUACACCCGAUUUUUAUGUCGAGAUGAAGUGGGAAUUCACCAGUUGGGUUCCGUUAAUGUCUCGCGUGUGCCCAAGCGAUACUUACAAAGUGUUCAAACGUGGAUCAAAUGUACGUAUCGACACCACAUUGUUGGGGUUCGACAAUAACAGCUGGCAGAGAGGCAACCGCAGCUAUAUUUUUAAAGGUCAGGCAGAAACGGCGACGAUGAUCGAAAUUGAUCAUGACACUGGAGAGGUUUCGGUAGAACACAUGCGAAACAUUGAAGCGGAAAGUAUAGUAGGUAUUCCUCCAUCGAAGGAAUCGGUUUCUCUUAGAAUGCAAGCACCAGUGAUUUGUAACCAUAUUGAUAUGGACAAGAUUAGCUUCGAGAGAAAUAAAUCUGGUUUCUGGGGAUGGCGUAGCGAAAAGUCGGAGAGCAUCAACGGGUACGAGUGUAAAGUAUACGGAGCAAGCAAUGUAGAAUUUAUUACUCGUACAAGAAACGAACAUCUGAGUGAAGAACAAGCAAGAAUUAAAAGUUCGCGCACACCUCUGCAGCAUAUUCUCGGAAUGGCUGAAGAAGAUUAUGACCAUGCUGGUUCCAAUGCUGCUGCCAAUUCGCAAAGUGCACUUAGCGAUGCAAGUUCCUCACCACUGAUGGGUCAAGAAAACAGUAGUCCAAUUCCACAGGACGGCGCUACCUCAUCGAACGCAACAGACUUAUUUACAAGGGCACCAACUGCAGAAGAAUAUUUCUCCGACGUGGAUCUUCAGGGACGAGAUGUCGGGAAACCAAAACGAACUACCGCCAAAGUUCAGCGAUUCAAAGCCAAUUUGUGGUUAAGUGAACAGUUUCCAAUCAAAUUGCAGGAACAAGUGCUACCAAUUCUAGAUCUAAUGUCUACGAUGGCCAGUCCACAUGUGUCAAAACUGAGAGACUUCAUCACGAUGCAGCUUCCAUCUGGAUUUCCAGUUAGAAUUGAAAUACCUCUUUUCCAUGUGCUGAAUGCAGUCGUUACAUUCGGAAAUGUGUUCGCUAUGGAUGCUCCCGUUAGCAAUGUGAGCUACAUCAAAGAAUCGGACGAUCGUACGACAUGCAUCAUAGAUGAUUGCUGUUUCGAUGUUCCAUCCGAAUACGUCCGAAGGGGCAACGAAUUCCGCCGCCAGAUCACGUUCGAAGAUGAGGAUGAGCUGAUGCAGUUCGCUAUCCAGCAAAGUCUGAUCGAAUCCGGUAGCGAAAAUGACGAAGUUGACAUCUGGGAGGCACUGAGAGCACAACGCCCGUUGACUCCAAAUAUUUACGAGGACGAACAGCUGCAAAGAGCUUUGCAAGAAUCACUGUUUUCCGGAUUUCAAAGUGGUAGUGCAGAAUCAGGGGCAGUGCAGCAAAUUACCAACGGAUCGCUUCCCGAGGCUCUUGGAAACGAUGAAAUUGAUAGCAUACCUGACUAUCUGGACCCCAAUUUAGAGCUGGCGAUUAGGCUCAGCCAGGAAGAAGAGAAACGUCGGGAAGAGGAACGCAAACGGGAAGAGGAAAUGUUGGCUGAAGUGCUUCGGUUAAGCUUAGAGGACAAGUAGAGUCCAAAAGAGAUUCACUUUAUGUUGUAUAGUUUAUAUUUGAAUCUGCACACAGUCACGAAUAAUGAGUAUCAUGAGGCGGAAAUUAGGUCUCCACAUCAAAUGGAUACAUUUAUACCACAAAACAUGAAUAUGAAAUAUUCGUCAUGUGUAAUACCUAUGAGUUUUCGACACAUAAAAAUAUAUUUAUUAGAACUAGCCAUUUUCCAUAAUAUUUAUAGAGCAGAUUUAAAAUUUUUAUACAUAUAUUCUGUGUAUAGACUAAGUCGCCUUAAAGGAAAAUAUCAUCUUACCAAGGACGACACUAAAGCUAAGUAAGUUAACAUUACAUAUAAUGCUUUAGCAUAUUUUUAAAUCAAAUCCUUGAUCGAUGAAAAAGUAUAGCAGUUGAAACGAGUUUACGGUAUAAUUUCUAUUUUUCUGAACAACUUUGUUAUCCUCCUGUCAUUAAACAUAUGAAUUAAUAAAACAAAA